CAAUACUGUUCUAGACGCCAAGCCCACCUGUGUGUUCUUGCAUCCAAUUGUGAUGAGCCCAUGUAUGUCAAGCUGGUUGAAGCCCUUUGUGCUGAACAUCAAAUCAACCUGAUAAAGGUUGAUGACAACAAGAAGCUGGGUGAAUGGGUAGGUCUCUGCAAGAUCGACAGAGAAGGAAAACCCCGCAAAGUUGUGGGCUGCAGUUGUGUGGUUGUCAAAGACUAUGGCAAAGAAUCUCAGGCCAAAGAUGUCAUCGAAGAGUACUUCAAGUGCAAGAAAUGAACAAAUAAAAUAUGUUUGAGCCUGAAAAAAAAAA